GCCCCUCCCCUUCCCAGGUGGUGAUCAACUGUGCCAUCCCCAAGGGACUGAAGUACAACCAGGCCACGCAGACGUUUCACCAAUGGCGCGAUGCCCGCCAAGUGUACGGCCUCAACUUCGGCAGUAAGGAGGAUGCCAACGUGUUCGCCAGUGCCAUGAUGCAUGCCCUGGAGGUGCUUAACUCGCAGGAAGCGGGCCCCACGUUGCCAAGGCCGACCACUCAGGUACAGAAUGGGCCGUCGCCAGAGGAGCUUGAAAUGCAGCGGAGGCAGCUGCAGGAGCUGCAGCGGCAGAAGGAGCUGGAGCGCGAGAUGCUGGAGCGGGAACGGCUGGAGCGGGAACGGUUUGAGAGGGAGCGCCUGGAACGCGAGAGGCUGGAGCGGGAGCGCCAGGACCGAGAAAUCGCCGAGCGGGAGCGCCUGGAACGGGAACGUCUAGAGCAAGAACAGCUGGAGCGGGAGCAGUUGGAGCGGGAGCUGUUGGAGCGAGAGAGGGUGGAGAGGGAGAAGCUGGAGCGCGAGCAGCCAGAUCAGCUUGACCGGGAGCAGAUGGACUGGGAGAGGGGGAGGCGCAUGUCGAAUGCUGCGUUUGAAAGCACCCUCUAUACCCCCUCGCCUACGGACUGCCCGCUGGCCGGCUCCUCCCCCAUUUCCCCCUCCAGUUACCUGCCCCCGACGUCGUCUCCCUCCUCUGCGGCCCCACCAACCCCGCCCCUCCGCAACUCCGCCUCCCGCUUCGCCACCUCCCUGGGCUCCGCCUUCCACCCGGUGCUGCCCCACUAUGCCACAGUGCCCCGGCCCUUAAAUAAGCACCCGCCUGCUCAGGCUCCGCCCCCACCUCCUCCGGCCCCGCCCUCUAAGUCGGCAGUCUGGUCGGCGUCUAACUUCAGUCCACUGCCUCCGUCGCCGCCGGUGAUGAUCAGCAGCCCACCGGGGAAGGCAACUGGUCCUCGUCCCGUCAUCGCCAUUCCUGCCCCCAGCCCGCUGUCCCAGAAACCCCCCUCUCCUUCAGCUGUUGCCCCCAAUGGUACUUCAGAUUCGCCCCGAGUUUUGUCCCCAGCCUCCGGCCCCCCCCCCCUGCCCCCCCCUCCCCCGCCGUUGCCUGUCUCGUUGUACUCGUCCUGCCAGGCAUCCCCUGUGUCCCCCCCCUUGUCCCAGCCUGCUGUUCUCCCCUCUACUUCCACAGCUCCCCCUGCCUCUGCUGAACACUCUCUAAACUCUCUGCUGGGGGAGUCCAGCUCCUGUGUCCCGGAGCCCGAGGCGUCUCAGCCCACCGACCCCCCCGCCCAGCCGGAUGCAGCACUGGGGCUUCCUAUUCCCCCUCCCCCACCUCCGCUCCCCCCCGGCUCCACUGUGACCCCUCCUGCCGGGCCCCCUCCUCCUCCCGGUCCUCCUCCGCCUCCCCCGCUGCCUCCUAGUCUGACCCCUACGGGCCCCCCUCCACCUCCAGGGCCUCCACCACCUCCUCCAGGACAGGCGCCUCCCCCCACUCCGCCCCCACCUCCAGCACCUCCUCUGCCCUCGGGACUCUUUUCCCCAACCACCACUCCAGAUGAGAACCGGCCCCUCGCUGGCUUGGCAGCGGCCCUCGCUGGAGCCAAGUUACGGAAGGUGCCUAGGGCUGAUGAUGCACCAAGCGCUGCGGCCGGGGGGCCCAAGGCCGAUGCAUCUCGCGGAAAUGGACCCCUCCCUGUCGCUGGCGGGGGUCUCAUGGAGGAAAUGAGUGCACUGCUAGCCAGGAGGCGGAGAAUCGCGGAGAAGGGCUCGUCCCCAGAGCCAGAGCAGCGGGACAAAGUCGAUGAGUCGGAGUCCUCCACUCCAAAAGUCUCUGCAUGUAGCACACCAGAUAUGCCCCGGAAGCCGUGGGAACGGACAAACACUAUGAAUGGUAGCAAAUCGCCGGUCAUUGGCAGACGGGAUUCUCCAUGGAGAAAUCAGGCUGGUUCUGACAAGCUCUUUGACCCUUUGAACAGGCCGAAGUCCACACCUACGCCAACUGGUUCCCUAAGUGCCAACGGGGUCCCAAGUGACAGUCUGGACUAUGACAGACUGAAACAGGAUAUUUUAGAAGAAAUGAGAAAGGAAUUGACGAAACUGAAAGAAGAGCUAAUUGAUGCCAUCCGGGAGGAACUGGCCAAGUCAAACACAGCGUAGGAUGAUGUCCUUGCACAUUGACCUUUCACCCCUGACCCCCCUCAAGGUCGACUUCAGUUAUGACAAUAUUUGAAAAAUGAAAAA